GGGAAAUGUCCCCUCUUAAAUUAACAUCGCUGCAUAAAAAGUAUUUUUGAUUUUAAGACUGGAUAGAGGUGCCUCAAGCCCAAAGAUGCAAGUCCAAGUUAGGGUUCCAUACCUCGAAAGGCAAAAAAACCGAACCCUUACAGGUUCAUUUAUUUGUCCGUCCGUCCGUCUGUCUGUCAUUCUUAAGUAGGUGCUUUAAGGUAUCAAAACUAUCGAAGCGGUAUACAGAAUCGAAAUUCGUUCUUUGAAUCAGAAGCGUUAUUUAAGUAAAGUCCGGCCCUGCCGCGUUACAAUUUUCUCCCGAUUACGUUCUUGAUCGAUUAGUAUGCGCAAGCGCACACAUGUUACAAGAAUGACGGCAGCGAGCUACGCGCACGUUUUUAACUAGCCCACCCCCCUUCUUAAUUUAACCUUCUACCUUCCACAUAAGAUUCAAAUCAGAGUGGCAAGAAAUUCGGAAGAAUUUAGAUGCAUUUGCCUAUGGUCCAACGCAAGGACGAUUCCGGUAUGAGUGAAAACAGGACGAUGGCUACAUACUAAUGGGUUGCUCUCUAAGUUAUAAGUAUGGGUAGCGAGGGACCACCUCACUCCGUUCCCGAUUGGUUCUCGCGCCAACCGGCCGCAAUGAGGUUUACAGUAAUCGCGGUGUUGUGCGCUUGCGUGGUCCUUGCAGCGGGCGACGGUCUCCGAACAAAGGCCAAGCUCCUCGGGAAACUCGCAGCCAAGAUAAAGCAUCACAAACGUGGAGUCUUCACCGCCGCACCGCCCUAUAAAUAUGGCCACGAUAUCCCUCAUGUCACCCACUCUAUCGUUAAACCUAUUGUAGUGUCCUACCCUCCAACAGCUUCAGUGCAUUCUGUGAAAGUGCCUUUAAAACAUCCUUUAAUCCAUCACUAUCCUGUUCAAGUUGGUCAUAAAAUUCCCUUACACUCACAUUCAUACGCGCACAGGUUCCCGCAUACUAAUUUAAGGCCUGAUCAGCAUUUCCAUCAUCAUCAUCACCACGUUGCGCCGAGACCUGUGGUGCCGAUUCUACCAGCUCAUGCUGUCCCAGCUGCUCCAGUUGUUCCUACAUUACCUGUCCCAAUCCCUCAACCUUCAGUUGUUAUUCCUCGUCCCAUUCCAGCGCCGUCUCCUCCAGUAGCCCCAAUCAUUCCUGCUACUCCUCAAUUCAUUCUGCCACAGAACCAUGUUCAUUUAAAACCCGCGCUUUCUGCUCCCGUCCCGAUUCAACCAGCUCCAGUGGCAUCCUUAUACCCUUACGCUCCACAAUACUCUUACGCAGUAAGGCCUGGUAACGCAGUUCAGACUUCAUACUUCGCUACAUACCCUAGAUAUCCUUUAUCAUUCCACCAGCCCUUAGUACCUUUCGCUCAACCAGCUGUACCUGCUCCAGCGGUACAUCUAGCACCUUCAGUAGCUCCAGCAGCCGGCCCUAUCUUUUUGGACCGCCCACAGGAGCCGCAUUUCCACGUUUUGCCGCAAGCACACGCGCACGGAGUCGUAGAGCAACCUACGCCUGCCGUGGCUGUUGAGCAUCAUCAGUUUUUGCAUCCGACUGCUGUUCCUCAACCAACGUUAUUACAUGCGCACCCUACAGUGAUCCAAGAACACCCUGGUGUGCAUGAACACCCUACAGUCUUACAUCAGCACCCUACGGUACUUCAAGCAGCACAACCAACAGUCCACGUUGACCACAACGGCUGGGCACCAGUACCACACAGUCACGAUAUAAACCAUGUUCACCAAGAAGGCCACUUCCAUCAAGAUCUCGUUCCAACUCAAGAAACCCACUUCGGUCACGACUUCACCCAAGAACAAGGACAACAAGUCUUCGAACACCAUACUGGGGAGGAACAAUACCAUGAAUACCAGCACCAGCUACAGCAUCACAUUCAGCAGCAAAUAGAACAGGCGCAGUACGAGCAGAACUUGCAUAAUCACCAAUUGGGACAGCCAGAAUAUCCACAAAACCAUGACUUUUCACAAGGCCACGAUGUCUCACAAGGGCAUGACUUUUCACAGCAUGGCCACGACUUUUCACAAUAUUCUCAUGACUUCUCACAGCAUGGGCAGGACUUUUCACAACACGCUGGUCACGAUUUUUCACAACACGGUCACGACUUUUCACAAGGGCAGGACUUUUCACAACAUCACGAGUUUUCACAACAUGGCCAAGACUUCUCCCAUACACAGGAACAGCCUAACCAGGAAUACGGGGUUCCUCAGCAGCUAGAGGGUCGGAGUGAAGAGGGGGAGGAACCUCAGAAAUUCCAUAACCACAUCCCAUUAGGAUUGCAGCCACCUUUGGACCGUCCACUGGAACAUUUCCGGUAGCCACACUGGGAAAAUACUUAUUAGGGCCUUCAUUAAGCGCUAAUAAUCUUACAGCGGUUUUUAAGACGGCUAUCUUUGGACAUAGACUCGUCUCAAAUUAACGCUGAAUUCGACAGAAAAAAUAUGGGGAUAUAUAAUAUAAAUGUCAUAUUUUUAUAGAAAUUUGACGUUACGGAUGACACUCCACACUUAAAGCACUAAAGUUAGUUUUGUCAGUCUCCAGGUAUCUUCUCCAUUCCUCCAUGCACUCUAAUCUUGUUAAUUUGCUUUCCUGUAUCUAUCCAGUUUCUAAAAAUGUACUCUAAUCGAUUUUAACUGUCAAGGUCACGUACUCUACGUCAUAAAUGGAAAUAAGACAUAAUUUAAUACAAUUUCAAUAUAAUGUCUCAUUAUGUUAGCGUGUUCUAGAAUGGCCCAGAAGUUAAGCAUUUAUUUGCAUUAUAAGUUGAAUUUUUUGUGAUAGAUUGAGUAAGUCACUGCGUACAUAUUGCCUAACUGUAUUUACACGUACGAUUAACUUAGUUUUAAGCUAUUUAUUUAUUUGAUAAAUAAAACAAAUUCACUCGUG